AUGGGUCUUUUCAAGAAAUCCGAUGGCGACGAGGACUCGAGCCGCCGAGCACUCUUUGGCUCACGGAAGAAGGACAAGAGCCCAUCGAACACCUCAAACCCUUACGCCCAGCCAAUUCCGGUAGACCCAUACACUAAAGCCAAGAUUGGCGCAGGUGUUGCCCCCUUACCUGCCAACUACCCUGCUGCCAACGGCGGCCCCGCGUCGCAGAGCCCCCACUCCAUCCCCUCCGACAACAAGUACUCGGCCAACAAAUACGGAAACCAAGGCGGCUACGGCAGUGAUCGAUUUGGCGGAUCCGGCGCAGGCGCCGGUUCUCCAGCCUCCGGCUCGCGGUAUGGAAGCGGUGGCUACGGAGGUCUGGGCGGCGGCGAUCCCAAUGACCCCGCGGCUGCAGACUCCGCUCGCAACGAGCUGUUCGGCGGCGCCAACAAGAACAAGAAGCAAUCACCGGACAACAACUCGGCCGGUUCACCACCGCCGUACUCCGAGGGCCAAAAUGGUCAAGGACAGAACAACUACGGUGGCGGCAGCAACGAAUACAGCAUGGCGACCUUCCAAGAUCGACAGCUGACAGCUGAAGAAGAGGAGGAAGAGGAAGUUCAGGCGACGAAGAACGAGAUGCGCUUCGUGAAGCAGGGCGAUGUGGCCUCGACACGGAAUGCCCUCCGAGCUGCCGCACAGGCCGAAGAAACCGGUCGUGCCACUCUGGCCCGACUCGGUGCGCAGGGCGAGUCAGUCCACGACACGGAGAAGAGUCUGGAUAUGACGACCAUCGAAGGCCGCAUUGCGGAAGACAAGGCAAAGGAGCUCAAGACUCUCAACAAGAGCAUGUUCGCUGUGCACGUGUCCAACCCAUUCACGGCCUCGCGACGCCGGCGCGACCGCGAUGAGAAGGUCCUUAAUACACACCGUGAUGAUCGUGAUAUCCGCGAAGGUACACGGUCCGAGGCACACGCGACUAAUCAGCGCAUGGAGAAGGUGUUCCGUGAUAUUGACCGCGAUGCGGCGAAACAGGGCAAGGGAAAGAAGGCUAGUGUCACCGAGCGUGCCAAGUACCAAUUCGAGGCGGAUAGCGAGGACGAGGCAAUGGAGGACGAAAUCGAGCAGAACUUGGAUCUGCUCAGUGGUGCUACUGGUCGGUUGAACGGUCUUGCCAAGGCCACUGGCAAGGAGCUGGACGAGCAGAACAGACAUCUGGAGCGUAUCAUGGGCAAGAGCGACUUUGUCGACGAUCAGAUUGCCAUGAACCGGGCCAAGCUGGACCGGAUUCGUUAG